AGGCUGCACAGGCACAACAAGCCGGCUGCUGUCAGCCUCCUGCGGGCGGUAAUCCGGUACCGAGCAUAGAGAGAAAAUCCUGCAGGUCUCGUUUCACUGUCCAGGGGGGUCAUGGAACCUCUGCAGAAGGAGGCGAAGGAUAAUCCGUCGGCUUCAGCUAAUCUGCUCUCCAAGAUUUUCUUCUGCUGGCUGAACCCCUUGUUCAGAUUGGGGUACAAGAAGAAACUAGAAGAAGAUGACAUGUUCAAGGUCCUGCCAGGAGAUGCAUCAGAUAGACUCGGAGAGGAAUUACAGAUGUACUGGGAUCAAGAAGUUCAACAAGCAGCAAAAGACCUGCGGCCGCCGAGUCUCACCAAAGCUCUCGUUCAGUGCUACUGGAAGUCCUACUCCCUCAUUGGACUGUACAUCUUUAUAGAGGAAGUUGUCAAAGUCAUUCAGCCAGUGUUUCUCGGGAAACUGAUUGAGUUCUUUGAAAGUUAUGACCCCACUCAAGAAGCUGGGGUCCACGAGGCUUACGGCUGCGCCGCAGGCAUCUCCCUGUCCGCCGUCGGCUUGGCUUCCCUUCAUCAUCUGUACUUUUAUAACGUGCAGCGAGCGGGCAUGAAGAUCCGUGUAGCCAUGUGCCACAUGAUCUACCGGAAGGCGAUUUGUCUCAACAGCUCAGCUCUGGCCAAAACAACCACAGGGCAGAUUGUGAACCUUUUAUCCAACGAUGUCAACAAGUUUGAUGAGGUAACGUUAUACUUGCACUUUUUGUGGAUUGGCCCUCUUCAAGCAGUCUGCGUGACAUUUUUGUUGCUGCAUGUGAUCGGCCCGUCGUGCCUGGUGGGGAUGGCCAUCAUUUUCCUUCUGAUGCCGAUUCAGAGCUCGUUUGGACGAUUGUUCUCAAGUCUCAGAGCUGAAACAGCAGCGUUAACUGAUGAACGCAUUCGCACAAUGAAUGAAGUCAUUUCUGGGAUCCGGGUUAUAAAGAUGUACGGCUGGGAGAAGCCCUUUGGUGCCCUGGUGGACGAGGUCAGAAGAAUGGAAAUCUCCAAGAUCAUGAAAAGCUCGUACCUGCGCGGCCUGAACAUGGCCUCGUUUUUCAUGGCCAGCAAGAUCAUCAUCUUCUUCACCGUCUGCGUUUACGUGCUGACGGGAAACAAGUUGUCUGCGAGCAAAGUGUUCAUGGCGGUUUCUCUCUACGGGGCAGUCAGACUCUCCAUCACCCUCUUCUUUCCCUUCGCCAUAGAGCACGUCUCCGAGUCUCUCAUCAGCAUCCAAAGGAUUAAAAAAUUUCUCCUGCUGGAUGAAGUGACUCCUCAGCAUCUGGGACUUCCUGUUGCAGAGAAAAAGGACUGCAUGGUGAAAGUCCAGGAUGUAAUAUGCUACUGGGAUAAGAUGGUUGAUGCUCCAACUUUACACAACGUGAGUUUCACAGUGAAACCUGAGCAGCUCCUGGCUGUUAUUGGACCUGUUGGAGCUGGAAAGUCCUCGCUGCUGAGUGCCAUACUGGGAGAGCUGAGCCUGGAAAGCGGUGUGGUGAAGGUCAAAGGGGAGCUGACGUACACGUCUCAGCAACCGUGGAUUUUACCUGGUACAAUUCGGAGCAACAUCCUUUUCGGCAAAGAGCUCAACCCCAAGAAGUACGAGAGAGUUCUGAGAGCCUGCGCUCUCAAGAGAGACUUGGACCUGUUGCCUGGUGGCGACUUGGCGCCGGUCGGGGACAGAGGCGCCAACCUCAGCGGAGGACAGAAAGCGAGGGUCAGCUUGGCGAGAGCAGUGUAUCAGGAUGCAGACAUCUACUUGCUGGACGACCCCCUCAGCGCCGUGGAUGCUGAAGUGGGCCAGCAUCUCUUUGAAGAGUGCAUUUGUGGACUUUUGAAGAAGAAGCCUCGUAUUCUGGUCACUCAUCAACUACAGUAUCUGAAGGCUGCAGAUCAAAUUGUCAUCUUAAAGGAGGGUCAUAUGGUGGCACGAGGUAAAUAUAACGAGUUGCAAAAAUCAGGACUAGACUUCACCACGCUGCUUAAGGAGGACGAUGAGAAUGAGCGGCAGGAAAAGACCUCCACUGGCACCGCACCCAACACACUCUCUGACAACUCCUCCAUGUCCUCGCUGACCUCCUCUCAGUAUUCUCUGAUUGAGGGAAAGGAGUCUCUGGCGGUGGGAGUGCAACCAACAAGGGAGGAGAAACGUUUUGAAGGAAAUGUCGGCCUGCGUCUGUAUAUGAAAUAUUUACAGGCAGGCGCUAACCUCCUGGUCCUCUUGGUCCUUGCUUUUCUAAAUAUCAUAGCACAUGUCACAUUUGUUCUGCAGGAUUGGUGGCUUGCACGCUGGGCCUCUGAACAGAAGCACAUCAGUGUGACAGAGCACCUCAAUGGCAGCUUUCCUCAGCAGCUGGACCUUGACCUGUACCUAGGUGUUUACGCAGGUUUGACAGCAACCUCAGUUGUGUUUGGCUUUGUUCGCACUUUGGUCUUCUUUAAUGUCCUAGUGAGUUCGGCCCAAACCCUCCACGCCAGCAUGUUUAAUGCCAUUCUCCGGACCCCAGUGCGCUUUUUCGAUAUCAACCCAAUUGGGAGGAUCCUUAACAGAUUUUCAAAGGACAUUGGCUACCUGGACUCUCUGCUUCCAUGGACGUUCGUGGACUUCAUCCAGGUAUUUCUCCAAGUCAUCGGAAUCAUUGCAGUAGCUGCCAUGAUCAUCCCCUGGAUUCUCCUCCCUGUCGCUCCUCUUCUUGCCAUCUUCCUGUAUUUGCGGCACUACUUCCUGCGGACUUCCAGGGACAUAAAGCGUCUAGAAUCUACCACUCGGAGUCCUGUCUUCUCCCACCUUUCUUCCUCCCUCCAAGGCCUGAGCACCAUCCGUGCCUUCAGAGCCCAACAGAGGUUUCAGCGAAUGUUUGAUGAGUAUCAAAAUCUUCAUUCAGAGGCCUGGUUCUUAUUCCUUACUACCUCUCGCUGGUUUGCUGUGCGUCUGGAUGGAAUCUGCUGCCUUUUUGUCACCUUUACGGUUUUUGGUUGCCUUUACCUCAGGGACGGACUGGAACCAGGCGGCGUGGCUCUGGCUAUGUCUUAUGCUGUUACACUCACAGGCAUGUUCCAGUGGGGCGUGAGGCAGAGUGCAGAAAUUGAGAACAUGAUGACAUCUGUGGAGAGAGUGGUUGAGUAUGCCGAGCUGGAGAGGGAGGCCCCCUGGGAGAUGGACAAGCAGCCUCCGGGUGACUGGCCCCAGACGGGCUCCAUCAUCUUUGACAGAGUCAACUUCGCUUACAGCGCCAGCGACCCUUUGGUCCUAAAGAACCUGAGUGUCAUCUUCUCCUCCAGAGAAAAGGUUGGCAUUGUGGGACGCACCGGUGCUGGCAAAAGCUCCCUGAUAUCUGCCCUGUUCCGGCUAGCAGAACCUGAGGGGAGAAUAAUAAUCGAUGGGUUUCAGACUUCUGAGAUCGGUCUGCACAGCCUCCGCCAGAGAAUAUCGAUCAUCCCGCAGGAUCCAGUUCUCUUCACGGGCACCAUGAGGAAGAAUCUGGACCCUUUCAGGCAGCACACAGAUGAGGACCUGUGGAAUGCACUCCAAGAGGUGCAGAUGAAGGCCGUGGUGGAGGAGCUGCCCAAUAAGCUGGAGACGGUGCUGACGGAGUCGGGCUCGAACUUCAGCAUGGGCCAGAGGCAGCUGGUGUGUCUCGCCAGAGCCAUCCUCCGGAAAAACCGCAUCCUCGUUAUCGAUGAAGCUACAGCCAACGUGGACCUGAGAACUGACAGCCUCAUCCAGCAGACUAUCCGGGACAAGUUUCAGAAGUGCACCGUCCUCACCAUUGCUCACAGGCUCGACACUAUCAUCGACUGUGACAGAAUACUGGUUCUGGACGCAGGCAGGAUCCAGGAGUAUGACGAGCCAUAUGUGCUGCUGCAGAACCAGGAUGGGCUCUUCUACCAGAUGGUCCAACAGACAGGCAGAGCUGAGGCGGCGUCCCUGCUCCAUGCAGCCAAACAGGUGCACAUGAACAAAAAGCGGCUGAGUGACGCGUGCUGUGCCAAGGACAUCUGUGUCAUCUUCGAGACGGCGCUUUGAUGGGUGGGGACGGCUGCCCGGGUCCUCUCAGCCGUCAGCCGUCGGAGACCAAGUCUUUUAAACAGACGCACAUAGAUUCCACUGAAUUUACACUGAAAUGUCUUGUAUGUGUAGUAUGUGCUGGCGUUUGAUUGGCAGAUUAUGGUCUGGAGCAGCAAGGAGGCAAGUAUCUGCAGCAGACCCUGCCUUUCAUUGACCACAUAAUACUGCAUGGCUGUUUAUUGAUUACACACUCCUGUGUCCAUGCAUGCGUGUUCCAGCCUCCUAAGUAUCUCCAAUUCCUCACCGGUGCUCAGAAGAGUGCAGAUAUUGGAUGCGUCGUGCAAUAAAUUAUUCGCGAAUCAAAGCUCAUUCUUUUAAGGCAAAACAUUGUUGUGUCGGACUGAGGUCUUUCUUAUUAUUUGGAAAGACAAGGACACCAUGAGAGGAGACGGCAGUGUUUGCAUUAAUUAUUGUGCCUUAAUCAGACUAUUGAUUCUGACUAAUUACACUGUUGUAAUUGAAAGGUUUCCUGCACUUUGACUCUGGUGGUUUCACGUCUACCUCAGCUCUUGUCAGCAAAUAACAGUACCGUCUGGCGACGACACUGACUCGUACCAAGGUAGUUGGGACAGAUCUUCAAUGUGUGGGAAGAGCUUUCUCCACUGCUGCGUUAACUUUCUGUCUAUAAACGUUUGGAAAGUGCAAGAUUCUUGCAUUUUUGAUACAAUUAUGGAAGAAGUUUUUAUGUUAGUAUUUAUGGCAGUAUUUCCUGUAGUUGUCAUGAAUUUCGACUUGCAAGUUUGAUUAGAUUGCAAUUAAAGUUCAUAUAAUAAAGAAAUACUGCUCAAAUGA